AUGGCGGCCGUGCGAAGCGCCAAGGCGACGCUGCGGCGCGACGUGCGGCAGGCGCUUACGGCGCUUCCGCGCGCCGAGGUUGAUGCACAGUCGAGUGCUGUGACGGAGCGCGUGCUAUCGCACCCCCACUUUCAGCGCGCACACGCCGUGAGCAUCUACCUCAGUGCGCCGGCCGCGGAGGUCGACACGUGGGCGCUGUGUCGUGCUGCGCUGCACAGCGGCAAGUGUCUCUACGUGCCGCGCUUUAGCACACUGGCUGCCGGCGCGGACGUGCGCGAGGCGCAUUCGUUCACCGAUAUGCUCAUGCUGCGCGUGUACGACACGCACGAGCUCGAGCAGACGCUCACUGUGAACAAGUGGGGCAUUGCAGAGCCUGCGCUCGUGCGCGCGGACGGCAUGCCGCGCGAAAAUGCGCUUGAUGCGCCGGGGGGCCUCGACCUGAUUGUGCUCCCCGGCCUCGCGUUCGACCGGCAGGGCUCGCGCCUGGGCCAGGGGAAAGGGUACUAUGAUCGGUACCUGGCGCGGUGCACGCAGCACGCACAGGCGCGGGGGCGCGCGCCGCCAUAUACCAUGGCGCUGGCGCUGCGGGAGCAGCUGCUCGACGCAGUGCCGCGCGACGCGCACGACCAGCCCGUGCACACCCUUGUCACGCCGGACACGGUGUACACCUUCUGA